AAGUACUCUGUGCAAUCAACUGAACACAUUCAAUAAUCUGUCAUCAAAUGACGAUUUAUUACAUAUAUAGGAGACCUAGCGGCUAGGAGUCUUCCUAGGAGUACUAGUUUGGUACUAGUGUUCUGUGAGACCUACUUUCCGAAAUUCGCAAAUUGCCAAAAGAAUAAAGAUCUUCAGUAUUAGUAUAUACAUGUGCUAAACAUGUUCUAUUUAAGUAUUAUUAAUUGCACGAAUGAAAUGUAAUUUAUCAAUUUUCCUAGUACUGCUUAUUUUCUCCGUCAAUACUAUAAAUAUUAAACAUUGCACACUAAUAUGGAAACCGAAGCAUCGCAAAGUACAGAAAUAAAACCAAAUCAAAACGAAGAAAACACACAAAAACCAUCUAAUGGGAAAACAGAUGUAAAUCCUACAAAUUUAGCUUCUAUCUCUACAAAUGGCACUGAAUCUGAUGUCGCUAAUAAUACAGUGACCAAGGACAAUACUCAUAAAGCAAAUAAAAAGCCUAAAAAACGGAAACCAAAAGUACCUCGUGAUGUGACUGCCCCUCGACCACCUUUAACUGGAUAUGUAAGAUUUCUGAAUGAACGCCGAGAUCAAUUAAGAGCUGAACAACCAGAGCUUGGUUUUGCAGAAUUGACUCGUCAAUUGGCUAGUGAAUGGAGUAAAUUACCUACUGAAGAGAAACAACAAUAUUUAGAUGCAGCAGAUCAAGAUAAAGAAAGAUACAUAAAAGAAUGGGCUGAGUACAAAAAAACUGAUGCUUAUAAGGAAUUUAGAAAGCAACAGAUAGAUAUUAAAGACCCAGUCAGUGCAAAAAAAGUCAAACAAGCUGCUACAAUAAAUGAUAACAGUAACAAUACAAGUGCCACACAAGCUGUAGAGCCCAGUAUGCCAGUAACAGCUAACAGUGUGGCUAUAGUAAAUUCAUCACGUCAGCCAACUCCACCUAGACCCAGACCGUGUGUAACACCAGCUUCAGGUGAAGAUCUUGGUGAUACAGAUAUACCAAUAUUCACAGAGCAAUUUUUACAACAUAACAAAUUACGUGAGUCUGAACUAAGGCAGUUGCGAAAAGCUAAUUCAGAUUAUGAACAACAGAAUGCAAUUCUGCAACGACAUGCUGAAGAAGUCAGCGCGGCAACAUCAAGACUCCGUGCAGAAACAGCUGCUGCAGCUGAAAGAACAGCAGCACUUGUUGCACACCAUAAGGCAUUAGUAUCAACACUGGUUCAAGCAUUGCAAUCCACUGUUGUACCCCUCAGUGAUGGGCCAUCUGGAGCAACAGAAAGCAACAUUGAUGAAUACAUGGAAAAACUACAAAGUCUAGCAACUGAGAGCAAGCAUAACACAAUUGUAAAACAGGCAAUGGAUAGCUUAAAUUUUGUUAAUUUCAAUUUUACUUCUACACCAUUGUCAUAAUAAUAUUAUAUUUGAUUAAGGCCGUGGCCAUACAUAUUGGCAGCUUGCUUAGCGCCGAAAGCCCAGCAACUGGCUUGGUUAAACAAACUAUUUAAAAUAGUCACGCUACACACUUGAUAACUAGCUAAUAUUUUAAAGAUGCAUUUUCUGUCACAAUCGAUUUUAGAGCUAUUUUUGUGCCAACAUCUUUGCACUAAGCAAGCUGCCUAUGUUUAUAGCUCAAUCGCUAUUUUAUCAAAUCUGUGAAUUAUUAUUUACUAAUAAAAUGUUCCACCUUUGA